AUGCUUUUUUUAUGGUACCUUCGUCAGCGUCUUUUGAAACUCCAAGAACUUUGUACGGAUCAACCCCGUUGGAUUGUCUCUGUGGAGGCAUCUGCUGGUACUGCUGGUACUGUCGUUGCUGUUGUUGUUGCUGUUGGUACUGCCGUUGUUGCUGCACACGAUUCCUUGGCAAGAAGUGAAAGGUCUCGUAGAAAAGCGCUAUUCUCCAAGAUCUCCUGCUUGGAAAAUCCAAACGGCUCCAGCGCCGAAACACUCAAAUCAACCAAAAGAUCCAAGUUGGUCGCUGGUUUUGAAACGUCGACACCAAACCAUUUUUCGCCACUUCUAGCCUUCACCUUGCCAAAUAGCAGUUCGUGGGACUGUUUCCACACAGACUCGGUUGGUUCCAGCUCCUCAACGCGGUCCAAGUCUCCUUCCUCCGAGUACAAGUAG